AUGUCACAAGUGAUAACAGGGCCGGUUUUCAUUGUGCUCCUGUUGGCAUUCGGAGCAGCGGAGGAGGAAGCUGCUUUCUGUCAGAUACUGGGGAGUCCAGAGUUCCCCCUGUUGUCUAAAGAGGGAGAUGUCUUGAUUGGGGGAGCCUUUUCCAUCCACAGCAAAAUCACACAGCCUCCACUUUCAUUUACAGAGAAACCAACACGUCUGACUUGUUCCAGUGUCAACCUCAGGGAGUUUCGAUUUGCGCAAACCAUGAUCUUUGCGAUCGAGGAAAUAAACAAAAGUGAAUAUCUUCUUCCCAAUGUUUCCAUCGGAUACCGUAUUUAUGACAACUGUGGCUCGACAUUAUCCUCAAUGCGUGCAGUGAUGGCCCUGAUGAACGGUGAUGAGUGGAGUGUAGGAAACAGCUGCUCUGGUCAAUCAGCUGUUCACGCUAUUAUUGGGGAGUCUGAAUCCUCUUCAACCAUUGUUUUGUCACGCACUACUGGACCAUUCAAAAUACCAGUGAUAAGUCAUUCAGCUACGUGUGAGUGUUUGAGCAACAGGAAGGAGUAUCCUUCUUUCUUUCGAACCAUUGCCAGCGACCUCUACCAAAGCCGUGCCCUCGCACAGCUGGUCAAGCACUUCGGCUGGACUUGGGUCGGGGCAGUCAACAGCGACAGCGACUAUGGCAACAACGGCAUGGCCAUCUUCCUCGCCGCAGCUCAGCAGGAAGGAGUGUGUGUGGAGUAUACAGAGAAAUUUCACAGGGCAGAGCCAGAAAAACUUCUGAAAGUGGUCGAAGUGAUCAGGAAGAGCACUGCCCGGGUCAUUGUUGGUUUCCUGGCCCACGUAGAGAUGAAUAACCUUCUACAGCAGUUGAGUCUGCACAACAUCACAGGCCUGCAGUUUAUUGGGGUGGAGGCCUGGAUCACUGCUGACAGCCUUGUGACUCCCACCAGCUUUAGUGUGCUGGGAGGGUCACUGGGUUUUGCUGUGCAAAAGGCCAACAUCAGUGGCCUGGAUGAUUUUUUAAUCAGAGAUUUCUGGGAGACAGAGUUUGAGUGCAAGAACACAAACAGAGACCCAACGACAAAAACAGCAAAUUGCAGAGAAAACCAGGAUCUAAUUGACCUUAAAGAUUAUGAUGAUGAUGUUGCAGAACUGAGAUACUCCACAAACAUCUACAAAGCCAUCUUUGCUGUGGCUCACUCUCUGCACAGCAUCCUCACGUGCUCCAAAAAUCAGGGGUGCGACAAGACUGUACAGAUUCCCCCCUGGCAGGUAGUGGAGUCUUUGAAGCAGGUGAAUUUUACCAUUAAGAACGGGGACCAGGUGUGGUUUGACGGCACUGGAGCAGCGGUGGCUCGGUAUGAAGUGGUGAACUGGCAGCAUGGAUCAGACGGCUCGGUCCAGUUUAAGCCUGUUGGCUACUAUGAUGCCUCCCUUCCUCCUGGACAGAAGUUUGUCCUCAAGACCAGAGCCAUAGUGUGGCCCGGAGGAAAGACAGAGUUGCCUGUGUCGGUGUGCAGUGAGAGCUGUCGUCCAGGAACUCAUAAAGUCCUUCAGAAAGGAAAGCCAGUCUGCUGCUAUGACUGUAUACCAUGUGCAGAGGGAGAAAUCAGCAACAGCACAGAUUCUAAUGACUGCAAAAAGUGUCCUGAGGAGUAUUGGUCCAAUCAAAACAGAGAUGCAUGUAUACUGAAAAAUGUUGAGUUCCUCUACUUCACUGAGGUUAUGGGUAUAAUACUUGUAUUUUUCACUUUGUUUGGUGUUCUCCUUACUUUAAUUGUGGCCACUCUAUUCCUGAUCAAUAAGGAUACUCCCUUGGUGAAGGCAAACAACUCUGAGCUGAGCUUCCUGCUGCUCUUCUCCUUGACUCUGUGUUUCCUGUGCUCUCUGACCUUCAUCGGCCGGCCCUCUGAGUGGUCCUGCAUGCUGCGACACACAGCGUUCGGCAUCACCUUUGUCCUCUGCAUCUCUUGUGUUCUGGGGAAAACAAUCGUGGUGUUAAUGGCCUUCAGGGCCACACUUCCAGGUAGUAAUGUGAUGAAAUGGUUUGGGCCUGCACAGCAGAGACUCAGUGUUCUGGCUUUCACUCUCGCACAGGUUGUAAUUUGCAUACUUUGGCUGACCAUAAAUCCUCCUUUUCCCUUCAAAAACAUGAAACUCUACAAAGAGAAGAUCAUUCUUGAGUGCAGUCUCGGAUCACCUGUGGGGUUCUGGGCUGUGUUAGGAUACAUCGGACUCUUAGCUGUCCUCUGUUUCGUACUUGCUUUUUUGGCUCGAAAGCUGCCUGAUAAUUUCAAUGAAGCUAAAUUCAUCACCUUCAGCAUGCUGAUAUUCUGCGCAGUCUGGAUCACCUUUAUCCCAGCGUAUGUCAGCUCUCCUGGGAAGUUCACUGUGGCUGUGGAGAUAUUUGCUAUUUUAGCCUCCAGUUACGGACUUCUUUUCUGUAUAUUUGUACCAAAAUGCUUUAUCAUUGUGCUCAAGCCUGAACUAAACACAAAGAAACAUAUGAUGGGUAAAAUCUAA